AAGCCAUACUAGUGACACUGCGACCUUACAUCGAGCAAGAAUUGGGGUCGCUGUUACAGUCUGCCUUUAGUCCGUGUUAAAAAUAAUUCAAAAUUCAACAUAAACAACACUGAAUUUGUCAUGGUGUGGUGCCGUUUCUUACUCAUUCACUGGCUGAUAGUGUUCGCUAGAUCAGAAGUACAAUCCGAAAAUCACGAGGGACCAGCAUCAACUGCGUCAGCUUUUUGCAGUGCAGAAUGCAACCAGCAAAUACAGAAUCGAUUGGAGACCAUAGAAUCCGCUGUUCGAACGAUCGUUUCUGCUCUUUUGAGUACAAAAAACGAUGUGCUUUCUUCAGUCACGGAGAUAUUACUGCAAGACCCAUCAAUAUCCUCAAUGGUGCCUGCUUUGAAUUCUACAAUUUUCUCUUCAACAGUAAGGAGCGAAAAUUCUUCAUUUUUUGAAAAUGCUGGCUCUCCUGGUAAACAAGUUUUAGGAGGACACCAACCAGAAAACAGCAAAGCAGUUGAAAACCUCAAAGGAGUUGUGAAAUGCUCACUAAUAGCCUAUCUAGACGUUGAUAUGAUUGAUUUUAACUCUUAUGCCAACCAGUCUACGCACGUAACAGCAUCUCUAGCUAAUGAGUCCCUUGAAAUCAAAUGGCCUUUAUAUUCGGCGGCGUGUCUCAAAUUCAGUUCAGGUGUCUGGAUUCGGAUUUAUCAGCAAUCGACUGAAAACGAUUACAAGUUGCAACCGGAAACUUCCUUAUUCGUCCCUCAAAAAUGCCUCAAAAAGAAUUUUGAAACUUCGUACUCUAUCGUUCUCUUGCCAUUUUCUUCGAAUGAGAAGAAAAAUUCCUGUGCGUUUUCUUUAGCAAGAAAUCUUAUCCAGUGUCGCGUUUAUGUCAUUGAAGUUAUUCCAAACUUCCAGUCGCUUCGAGGCAGCAAAACUCUGCGCACGGAAAUUGUCGUUCCGCCAAAACGAAUCAACGAGCCCAGCAUGAAACCGUUAAUAAGCGUUGUGGCCCAUUCAAAUUUCUUGAUGUUGAAUUGGGAAGACAAUUCUGGAUGCGCACCUCAGUUAACUUCCUUCAAGUUGACAAUUUUUCCAGAUGGAAUUGUAGAAGAUGAAGGGACGAAUACGACGGUAACAAUCCCUCGCAUUUGCCUGAAGCAAUCUCCAAAUGAAGACAAUCUGUUCUCUCUGGUGCUACCCAAUAACAAGCCAACAUCAUGUCCAAUCGAGUGGAAACCAUUGGACAGGUGUCGCAAAUACAGACUGGAUAUGGUUUCUAUCUAUUCGGUCAUUUGGAGUGGUCCUUCUUCUUCUUCGGACAUAUUUACAGUACAGCAAGAAGAAACAGUUAAUUUUUCGACGCAUUCAGCCGACGUAAUUUGGAAUUGUCCGAGACAACAUUAUUAUUGCAAACAUCAAAAACGUUCACGCUCCGGUUGUGUGCACAUAAGGAAUCACAUUUGUGACGGGAUUGAUCAUUGCAGUGGCAGGGACGAAACGUAUUGUGAUCUAAAUGUAUGCAACAACGGUGGAUGGAGAUGUGGACGACAAUGCAUACCGAAAGAAUUAGUUUGCGAUGGCAAAUAUGAUUGUCUGGAUGCUUCCGAUGAAGUAAACUGCAGCCACGUUAAUACGUGUGUUCAAUUAACAAACCCAUCGGGUAAUUUUAUUUCUCAACCGUUCCUUAAGCCUGCUGUCGAUAUCCAUUGGGAAAGAUUACCCGACGCUGUUCGGAAGUCGUCAGUAUUGAUCACAGUACAACCUAAUCAUCAAAUUUGGCUGACGUUCGGCAAAUUUGUCACUUUUGAAAAUCAGAAUUUUGUGAAAAUUUAUGACGGCCCCUUCUCGACAAGUCCUCUUCUAUUUUCACACAGCGGAUCAGUUAAGCCAUCGUACUCAGUGCGGUCAUCAUCUAAUGACUUAUUUGUUGAAUUUCCAUCUUACUACGACACCAACAUGGGGAUUGAAGCUUUCUAUGCCAGUGUAAAAAAAAUAAAUGGAACGGACAAGCCAUUUGUUCCAGGCUGUGGGGGGUAUAUUUACGGUGAAGGUAUCAUUUCAACGCCAAAUUAUUUAUCGUCAAGCGGUAUCGUUGAAUGUUUUUGGUUCGUCGAAACCAGGCAAAGUGAAGAUACAAUCCUAAUGAGAAAUAAUUUUUCUGAUAUAAAGAUAACUGCAUUGUUGUCUCGAGCGCAUCCCGAAAUGAUUGUGUAUGACGGAUGGGACAUGGAUGGACCUGUGAUAUAUAAUGGAAAAUCUUUUCACGUUCGAAACAAAACCAUCGUCUAUUCGAUUAGCAAUAAAAUUCUUGUUCAUUAUAAACCACCAAAAGUAAAAGACGGUCAUGUCUUCAACUGGAAUGUCUCAAAAAUAUCGACACCACAGUGCAAAAACCACUUGGAAGGAACUACUGGGACCAUAAAGAGUCCAAAUUAUCCGAUGCUUUAUCCUCAUCUGACGGACUGUCGUUGGAUCAUCACCGUGAAACCGGAAUCAAAAGUCCGAUUACUUUUUGCUUUUCUUGAAACACAAGAGGGAGCGGAUUUUAUCUCUGUGUUUGAUGGGCCGACUGUAUAUUCAGAAGUGCUGUUGGCUAAAUCGGGGUCAGUUUCAGCUCCUUUCAUUGUUAACGCUUCUUCAAAUCAAAUGUUAGUUAGGUUUACAUCAGAUGGUGACACAUCCUUUCCUGGUUUUAUUGCCGUUUACAUAUCUGUGUGAUGUUAAAUCUUAUGGGGUUUUAAAAAAAAAUAGAUGGUGUUACAUCAUAUAAUUGGAUAUUUAAAAGAAUAAAAAAAUGUAUGAGUAA